UGUUUUCUUUGGCCUAUGAGUCAAGUCGAGGGUUGGUCGUCGAUGGCAGUCACUUAGGCCGCGGCAGGGACGGCACCAUGACGCGAGACACCAACAAAAAGCCCGACAAGGAGGCCAAGAAGGACGAGGACAAGAAGGAUGGCGACAUUAAAGAGGAGCUGUCGGAGGAGGACAAGCAAUUACAGGAGGAGCUCAACAUGCUGGUGGAGCGCCUUCAGGAGCCCAACGCCGAGCUCUACAAGCCGGCGCUGGAACAGAUCCGCUCCCUCAUCCGCUCGUCCACCACAUCCAUGACCAGCGUGCCCAAGCCUCUCAAGUUCAUGCGUCUUCACUACCACACCAUGAAGGAAAUUUAUGACAAGAUCAAUGACGCCAGCCUGAAGAAGUUUGCGGCGGACAUUGUGUCGGUGCUGGCCAUGACCAUGUCGGAGGAGCGGGAAUGCCUCAAGUACCGGCUGCUGGGGGACCGCGGCGAAGUGGGGCAGUGGGGGCAUGAGUUUGUCAGGCACCUGGCCGGGGAGAUCGCCCAGGAGUGGGAGACCCUUGGGGAGGACGAUGAUGCCAAGCGGACGGAGCUGAUCGCCGAGGCUCACGUCAUUGUUCCCUACCACAUGCAGCACAACGCAGAGGCCGAGGCGUGCGACCUCCUCAUGGAGAUGGAACAGCUGGACCUCCUCACCUCCAAGGACUACGUGGAUAAGGAUGCCUACCAGCGGGUUUGCCUGUACCUGACCAGCUGUGUCCCAUACGUGCCCGACCCAGAGAACACCAACCUACUGCAGACGUCCCUCCAGCUGUACCGCAAGUUUGGCCAGUACCCGCAGGCCAUGAGGCUCGCCCUGCAGCUGCAUGACCAUGACCUCAUCAAGCAGCUCUUUGAUGAGUGCCCCGACAAACUGGUCAAAAUGCAAGUUGCCUUCAUGCUGGGGAGGCAUCAAGUGUUUUUGGAACUCCCAGAAGAGAUGGAUGACUACGAGGACUUCACAGAGAUCUUGUCCAACUCUCACCUCAACACACACUUCCUCUCCCUGGGCCGUGAGUUGGACAUCAUGGAUCCCAAGACCCCGGAAGACAUAUACAAAUCUCACCUGGAGAACAACCGUCCCACGUUUGGCCCAGGGCAGGUGGACUCAGCAAGACAGAAUUUGGCCUCAUCCUUUGUCAAUGGCUUCGUCAAUGCAGCGUUUGGUACAGACAAAUUGCUCACAGAGGACGGCAACAAAUGGUUCUACAAAAAUAAAGAACAUGGUAUGUUAAGCGCCACAGCAUCCCUCGGCCUCAUCCUUUUGUGGGACGUUGACGGGGGACUGACACAGAUCGACAAGUACCUCUACUCCUCGGAAAACUUCAUCAAGUCCGGCGCUCUCCUGGCCUGCGGGAUUGUCAACAGUGGCGUGAGGAAUGAGUGUGACCCGGCCCUCGCCUUGCUCUCAGACUACAUUUCACACAGAGUCAUGAUCAUCCGAGUUGGUGCAAUCCUCGGUCUUGGUCUGGCCUACGCUGGGAGCAACAGGGAGGCAGUGCUGAAGGUGCUGCUGGCGGUGCUCUCUGACGAUAAGUGUACCCUGGAGGUGGUGGGCAUCACAGCCUUGGCGUGCGGCAUGAUCGCUGUCGGCACCACGAACCAGCUGGUGGUGGAGGCGCUGGUCACAACACUCCUUGCCAAGUCCGAGGUGGAGCUCAAGGAGACGUACGCCAGAUUCAUCUCCCUUGGUCUGGCUCUUGCGUACCUAGGUUGCCAGGACAAGUGUGAAGUGGUCCUCUCCUGCAUUGAGAAUCUGCCGACACCCUUCAGACAGAUGACGGGGACGCUCAUCGAGGUGUGCGCCUAUGCUGGCUCCGGCAAUGUCCUCAAGGUUCAGGAAAUGCUUCACAUCUGCACAGACCACUACGACCAGGAGGAAACAAAAUCCAAGGACAAGAAGGAAAAAGAGAAAGACAAGGAUAAGGACAAGGACAAAGACAAGGACAAGGACAAGGAUAAGGACAAGCCUGAAGAAAAGGAAGUUGACCUGUCAUCUCAGCAGGCCGUGGCAGUGCUUGGCAUUGCACUUAUCUCCAUGGGGGAAGACAUUGGUGCGGAGAUGUCCUUCCGGCAGUUUGGUAACUUGCUACGGUAUUGUGAGCCAGUCAUCAGGCGUGCGGUUCCCCUCGCGCUGGGUCUCAUCUCCGUGUCCAACCCAAGACUCAACAUCCUGGACACCCUCAGUAAAUUCUCCCAUGACUCUGACUCUGAUGUAGCGCACAAUGCAAUCUUUGCCAUGGGAUUGGUGGGUGCUGGAACCAACAAUGCAAGAUUGGCUGCAAUGUUGAGACAGCUGGCUCAGUACCACGCCAAGGACCCCAACAACCUGUUCAUGGUGAGGCUGGCGCAGGGCCUCACCCACCUGGGCAAGGGCACCAUGACCCUGUCCCCCUACCACAGCAACCGCCAGCUCAUGUCCCCUGUGGCUGUGGCGGGACUCCUGGCAACCUGCAUAGCCUUCCUGGAUGCUAAGACCUUAAUCCUUGGGAAGAGCCACUACUUGCUGUACUGCCUGGUCACCGCCAUCCAGCCCCGCAUGUUGGUCACGUUCGAUGAGCAGCUCAACCCAUUGCCGGUGUCUGUCAGAGUUGGUCAGGCGGUGGAUGUGGUUGGCCAGGCCGGCAAGCCCAAGACCAUCACUGGUUUCCAAACGCACACCACCCCUGUCCUGCUGUCCCAUGGCGAGCGAGCCGAGCUGGCCACCGAUGAGUACACGCCCCUCACACCCAUCAUGGAGGGCUUCGUCAUCCUCAAGAAGAAUCCAGACUUUGAUACCUAGAAUUUGUAGGCUUAGAGACUUCAUGUUGUAGGUGUAAAUGUCUAAUAUUUUGUUUACUCGCUAUGAUGGUGUUAUUUAAGGUAGGCAAGGAGGAGAAAGCUUUCUUAAAUGGAAUUAGUGAUAGUUGUAAAUUCAUGCCACUUAUGGAUUUGUGUCAUACUGAUAUGUAUUGUUAUUCCAAAUAAAGGCAUGCUAAUGCUUAUUU